AUGGAGGCGUCGUCGUCAUCGUCGUUGUCGAAUCCCUCGACGCGCGCGGUUCCUGGGGCGGAGGCGUCCUCGGGCGUCGUCCCGGAUCCGAGACGCACUCAGGAGCGGAGCGGACGCAGACUGUACCAUCACGGACACGGCGAGAUGUUGCUUCGAGAGGAUCUGAUUGAGCGACUCAUGGCAGUGAGCGUAGAGCAGGUCGAAGGAGCGGGGGAUGUGCGACUGUCGCGAGAGCAGAGGAAGAUUUUGGAUGCGUUUUGGAUUGGGGUUGGGGUGAAAAAGAAGGCGCAUCGAGAGCGACUCAUCGUGCAGGCGACCAAGGCUGGAUUAUAUCGAGAUCCCGUGCGUUUGCUCGAGCGCCUGGCGCAGUUAGAAGAUUCGCUGUGGUUGGGGGCGUCACUUUCAGGAUGUGAUCUCGGUUUGAUCGUCGGGCGGUGUCCGAGGGUAAUUUAUUGCGAUUUAGACUGGACGGCGGAGAAGGUGGAGUUCUUACGCGAGCUCUUGCCGACGGUGAAUUUGAAAGGUCUCAUCGAAAGAAACCCUCAGAUUUUGAGCAUGGAUCUCACGCACACGGUUCCAGCGAAACUCAGAGCGCUCUCCAAACUGCUCCCAUACGCCGACGUGUUCGCCCUGAUCGAUUCGCAUCCAAAGCUUCUCUCGAUGAACAUUUCAUCCAGUGUGAGCGCGAAUUUACGCUCGAUGCGCGCCACGCUCGCCGCCGAGGGCGUGAACGAGGCAACCGUGGAGGCCAUGAUCAUGUACUCCCCGCGCAUUCUUACUACCAACCCGAAAACGCUCGCCGACCGGUGCACGCAGCUCGAGCGCGCCUGUCCGGGUGCCGUCUCCGAGUACGCCCUCAAGCCCGCAUCCCUGGCCCGCAUCCUCACCUCGAGCGAGCGCGUGAUCAGUCGCAUCGAAUUCUUGCGCGAGAACCAUCCCGACGUGUGUCUCUCUGCCGUCGUCGCCGUGAACACGAGCGCAAGCAAAUUCGACGCCCGCUUCCCUGACUUUCAGACCUGGACCUCUUCAUUCGCAGAGGUAUAA